AUGGUCAGCUCCUGUUGUGGCUCUGUCUGCUCUGAGGAGGGCUGUGGCCAAGGCUGCUGCAGGCCCACCUGUUGUCAGACCACUUGCUGUAGGACCACUUGCUGUCGUCCCAGCUGCUGUGUGUCCAGCUGCUGCAGACCCAGCUGCUGCAGGCCCCAGUGCUGCCAAUCUGUGUGUUGCCAGCCCACCUGCUGCCGCCCCACCUGCUGUCGCCCCAGCUGCUGUGUGUCCAGCUGCUGCAGGCCUCAGUGCUGCCAGUCUGUAUGUUGCCAGCCCACCUGCUGCCGCCCCAUCUGUGGUCAGGUCUGCUGCCAAACCACUUGCUACCGCCCCACCUGUGUCAUCUCCACCUGCCCCCGUCCCAUGUGCUGUGCCACCCCCUGCUGCUGA